CGUUUCUUCAGCGUUUCUCACAGCGAAAUCAUUUUGUUGCAAGCUGGCAGCGAGGGCUGUCUGUCGUGCACGUGGGCGUCGCGCAACGGUCCCACACAGCAACUUCCGCCAUUCACAUGUCCGUGUCUUUCAUUCUCCUGCAUCACCGUGACCGGACUCUUUGACGAACUCGGCCAUUUACUGUCGUAAAGUGCGGGAAGGUGACAGAAGGCGGUAGCAGGCGGUAGCACCUGGUAGCACCGUCAACGCCUGUGAGGCCAGCAGAAGCCAAGUCAAAAUUCGUCCCCGAGUUGCCCUCGACGGUCGAGGACCAUCAGACGUCGACGCAGCCCCUGAGUGGGCGCGCUGAUCAUGCGACUUCGAGAUCGGUCGUUGCUUUUUUCAAACGACUCGUUGACGAAAGCUAGCGAGCCCUAGGCGUACCCUUCAACCUGACCUUCACCGCCAUCUCCCAAUGCGUACUAGCUAGGCAAGGGACAACCGUUGGCUGUUGAUCACUUCUGUAUCUCGACGCUCGAUGCAAAGCCAGAAAGCCAAGGCGUCAAUCUCUGAUGGAAUCCGCUACUCGGGCCCUCUCGGGCCCACUCUCCUCCGAGCCAGAUCACAAGCCGACCCACUGCCGACUCCUGGUCGCAUUCAUUUAUGCUUGGUGCGAUCCACUGCGGUCCCUUAUUCGGAACGCAUUCAAUAACCCGACGUCGUCUGCAUGGUCUGCACGCGGUCGACGUCCCUGUCAAACGGACGGGCGACGUGACGUGCCAUUUGCUGCGCCACCACCUCGUGAAAUCUUUGGUCGAUCUCAGAUACCCAGUCUGGAUGCAUGCAGGACCAAUGAUGUUUAAUACGGUGCCUCUACCGCUCGCGCAGGAGCUGGCUACGCCCGUCAUUAUCCCGUUCUCCCCCUCUUCUUCCAGGUUUCGAUGGCGCUGACGAUACCACGGGCAGAGCUGAUUGGUGUGUUUUUGGAGAGUGCAGCCUAUGGGAUAUACUUGACGAUAUUCUCGCAAUGCCUGCUCGUUCUGCGGAAACGGGCAAGAAGACCAAACGAUUACCUCCUGGGCACUGCGGUGACGCUCUUUAUCCUAAUCACCUUGCACCUCAUAAUCGACAUCCUCCGCAACGUCGAAGCGUUUACAGACGACAUGUCGACACCCGAUUAUCCGGAGAUGUACUAUGGCAAGUUCAAUACGUGGCAGGAUAUAUUGAAAAGCGGGCUGUAUGUUGGAGUGACCCUGGUGUCUGAUGCGUUCAUCCUUUACCGCUCCUACAUCGUGUGGGGCCGAAGCUACCUUGUCACUCUUUUUCCUCUCCUUCUUUUACUCGCCGAUGCCGCCAUCGGUGUCCUUUGGGUCUACACUUUAAGCGAAGUCACCGAGCUGCGAGCGGACGUAUUUUCGGAUACCUUGUCUAUCCGCGUGAAGACGUUUUACGCAAUCACCCUUGCGAUGAACGUCAUAUGUACUGUCCUCAUCGCGUACAAAAUCUGGAGCAUUCAACAUGCCGUCUCUCCCUUUUCUCAAGGCAUCGGCAAGGACAACGUCCUCAGCCAAGUCUCUGCCAUUGUAAUCGAGUCCGGCUCGUUCUACUCUGCGAUGCUCAUCGUUAUGAUCGGAACGUACUCGACUGGAUCCCCGGCAAUGUUUAUGUUCCUCAACAGCAUGUCGCCCAUCAUUGUAAGUAUAGCGAGCGUCUGUACGCUUCAACCAACUACUAACCGUGCUUUAUCUCACUUUGUUUCGCCAUCACAUGCAGGGCAUCGUCUCUCCUCCGUCAUCGUACGCGUAGGCAUGGGCGUCAGCCACGGCGACCGGUCGGCCCGCCCUCGCGGCCACUCGGGAUCUUCAGUACGGCACCCGUGGUCGCAGACCGCCGGCGGUGCCAGCCUCGGACGGCGGCCGGCAUCGGGCCACGCCGACGAGCUGUACUCGUUCCCGAACGGCGGCGUGCAGGUGACGCUGCAGCAGACGGUGCACACGCACAUCGAUGUGUCGAGGGAGUCGGACGAGGCGAUCGAUCCUGAUAGUAAGCAUAUGGUCGUGUAGGAUGGGUUCUCGAGUUUGGAUGCAUAAUUU